UUGGAGAUAUCUUUUCUCUUUGGAGAUCAUUUUCACUUGAUAGUCUCCCAUAGAGGGCUGCUGCGCUUGUUGCUAGGUGUCCAUUCAGACCUUGACUUUGCUCAAUUUUCUCAUCAGUGCAUCCAGCUGAGCCCAACGACACGAUGAGAUUAAAACUUUGAAGAGUAGGACACUUAAUUAAACCUGAAAAAAUUAAAAAGAUUGUGAAAAUGGCGUACGACGAAUUACUGGAGCACCUCGGCGAAUUUGGCCGCUACCAGAAGCGAAUAUAUUUCCUACUUUGUUUGCCGGCAAUUACCUGCGCCUUCCACAGAUUGGUCACGAUAUUUCUUUUGUCAAAAGCGCCUCACAGAUGUUUGAUGCCAUUUGAGAGCUUGGAAAACGCGACCUUUUUAUUUCCACCGGACAGACCCAUCAACUUGAGCCUACCGUGGGAUUCAAGCUCAGAAACGUGGUCGCAAUGCCGGCGGCUGGACGCCAACUUCACCGACGAGUACUUCAAAAGUGGCGUUCCUUCCACCGAAACUGUCCAGUGCAAAAACUGGGUUUUUGACUACUCUAAGUACUCAUCAAGCGCCGUUUUUGAGUGGGAUCUGGUUUGUGACAAAUCAUGGAUGCGGUCAAUGGCCGACACAGUUUUCAUGCUAGGAAUCUUGAUUGGAGCCAUCCUUUUUGGUCAUUUAUCAGACAAGUACGGUCGGAAACCGAUUUUCUUCUUCUCGCUGGUCCUUCAGGUCGUUGGAGGAGUGACAGCAGGAUUCGCCCCUGAAUACUACACUUUCAUUUUUGCGCGACUUUGCAUAGGAAUUUCUACCUCCGGAGUUUAUCUUGUAGCUUACAUUAUAGGCAUGGAAAUGGUGAGUCCGUCUAAAAGGAUUUACGCUGGGGUCAUAAUGAACUAUUUUUUCACCGCUGGCUACAUUUUAACCGCAUUCGCCGCCUAUUUCAUCAAAGACUGGAGAACCUUGCAAAUCACUCUCUCCCUUCCUGGCCUUGCAUUUUUCCUCUACUGGUGGUAUGUUCCCGAGUCAGCACGAUGGCUCGUGGCUAAAGGACGAAAUGCGGAAGCAAAGCAAAUUUUGAAGAAGGCGGCCAUAGUGAACAAAAUCGAGCUCUCCGAUGGGUUGCUGCAGAAAUUUUUAACUUCUUCUGACGAUGAACCAGAAAAAGAUGGAAAUAACAAGAAUCCUGCAGCAAAAUCAGCUUCCUUGCUGGAUAUUGUAAAAUAUCCUAAUUUAAGAAAAAAAUCUCUAAUAAUAUUUUUUCUUUGGUUUGUAAAUAAUCUGUCCUAUUAUGGUCUAUCGUGGAAUGUUUCCAAUUUGGGUGGAAACGAUUAUCUCAACUUCCUGAUUUCGGGUCUAGUCGAAAUUCCCGCCUACACCUUCAUUCUGUUCGCCCUGAACCGAUAUGGCCGAAAAAUGACCCUUUGCGGUUCCAUGCUGGCAGGAAGCGUUGCUCUUUUAUCUUGCAUUUUCGUUCCUAAUGACAUGAGCUGGCUUUUAAUCACUUUUGCCAUGACUGGGAAAAUGGCAAUCACCGCGUCCUAUGGCGUUGUCUACAUUUUUUCGGCUGAGCAAUUCCCGACCGUCGUCCGAAAUGCGGCCAUGGGCAUAAGUUCGACUGCAGCUCGCGUCGGUGGAAUCAUUGCCGCUUUCAUUCACCAACUGGCAGACACGUGGAAGCCGCUUCCGUUGAUUGUGAUCGGCGCCUUAGCCCUUUCGGCAGGGCUGCUUUCUCUGCUGCUGCCAGAAACGUUGAACAGAAAGUUACCAGAGACGAUUGAGGACGGUGAAAAUUUUGGAAGGAGGAAGGCCAGGAGGAGGAGUUCGAUGUCGGGAGAAAAUUAAAAAAAAAAGAGAAUAAUACAAGACGAGGGCGCAUUUUAUAAUCAAAAAUUUAAAUAAAUACAUCAAUAAAUAAAACAAUUAUUUUUGAAAGUAUAAAAAAAAAAAUUAAAAAAAAAUUGUACUAGAACAGAACUUAAUCGAUUUUAAUAAGCAAAUAAUGUUUGUAUAAUUUGCGGCAAGUUUUGAAACAAUUAAAAAAUGAGAUACAAUUUUCUAAAACAAGAGAUUGCAGGUUUAAACAAAUUUACAAGAGUCAAAUCCAGUUUCACAAGAGAAAAAACAUUAAAUUUUAGACAAUUUCAAUUGAUACAAAACAUUGGUCUUUGGUCUUAUUUAAAUCAUUAGGGGCCAUA